AUGGAGGACACGUGCCAGGAACCGACGCCGGAGCCAACCACGGCCAGCGAGGAGUCGGACGAGCAGCAGUCGCAGCAGGAGCAGCAGCAGCCGGGGCCACCAAUCGCUGCGGUUCAGGAUGUGAACUCGUCGAAAGCUUCCUUCGAAAGUUCGUUCACCGUGACCGAUUGCAACUGUUCGUCGUUGCUCGUCGAGACGGACCAUCAUCCUGAGCAGCAGCAGCUGGUGAUCGAGGAUCUCAUCGAACCGCAACUGAACGGGUGCGAAGAGAAGUUCAAAUCGCUGUCCAUCGGCACCCACGAUGAUGGGGUGGCCGGAGUGACGGCAAUUGGCGGCGGAGGAGGUGAUGGAAGCGACAGUGGCGUCGAGUUCGGGGCCGGAUCCGGGUCCCUCACCGAGACGGGCGUGCUGCAGCGGGCGCUCAGCAAUAACAGUGCCGGGUACGCGAGCAGCUGCUGCGGACUGGAUGGCGGUGUGGGUGGCGGGAGCGUCGUCGGUGGUGGUGGCGUCGGUGGCGGUGGCGGAGGCAUGAGCUUGUCGUGCAACUCGAGCAUGAUAAGCUACAGCUCGGAUAUCUACGAUAAGACUAGCGGCACCGUCCUGUGCGGUGGGCGGCUCAGCGCGGACUACUGCGCCAGCGAGGGGGGCAGCGAGAGCUCGUCGGUGACGGGUGGCCCCGUCAGUUCGUCGCUCCGAAAACCGGGUGGCUGCGGGUUGAAGAAGAAGGUGGCCCUGAAGGAACCCCCCUCGAGCCGGUCGCCGCGCAAAUCGACGGAGAGUGUAUCGUCGAGCAGCGGGCGAAGUAGUUCGCGGUCGCGGGGCUCCUCGCUGGGGCGAUCGGUUUCGCUUAACCUCAAAUCGACUCCGCCGGCGUCGGCCGUGAGUGUGGCGGCCGCCCGGGAGCGGGCACGCUCGCGGGACAAAUCGCUUGGAGGUGCUGGAGUCGCGGUCGCAGGAAGUGUGGCCAGUCUGGGCCGGAUCACGCAGACUCCGACUAAACCGAUGCCACCGCCGCGGCGCCCCCUGAAGCCGGACACACUGCCGACGGGCGCCCGGGAGUCGCCUUCGGCCGGUGGGCAGCGGGCCGUUUCCGUUUCCCGCACGCCGUCCAUCACGCGGGGACGUACGCCGCUGGGCACACCGACGGAUGACGGCCGGUGGCCAUCGGUAGGCGGUAAGGGGGGUGCGGCGGGUGGAAACACGACACCCCGUUCCACUCGGGCCGGUUCGGCCGCACCGGAAGCGUCGGCUGCGGGGCUCUCGAUCAAAACACGUGUCGGAACCUUGGCCUUGGGUGACGGGAAACCCGUACCCGGCGGUGGUGGUUGUGGUCCAAUGAGCUUACCCAGCGGUGUCGCCAGCUACGCCACGCUCCCCCGACGGCGCAAGGAACGCUCGGCCGAAGAUCUGAAGGCGGCCGGCGGAGGUUCCAGCUCGCGCAGUAAUUCCGUGACGCGCGAACAAGCUUCGAGCCGCAUGUCGGUGUCACUGUUCAAGAAGGCUCCCUCGGUCGGUUCGGGGGCUGGUGGAAGUAGAGGCGACGCGUCUCCGCCGGUCAAAAUGGCAUCAUCGCAUCCGCGCCUCUCGUCGGUGGCGUCGUCGUCGUCGGCCAAGAAGAUGAUGAUGGUCCACAAAACGAGAAUCUACCACGAAACCGGCGUACAGACGGCCAUUACGGGGCAGGACGUGGUGGACGCGUUCGGGGGCAAUGCGCGCAACGUGCGUAUCGACGCGGUCGAAACGGUGUGCGCGCACACGCAAUCGGACAUCCGGGACCGCGAGAUGGAGCGGCUGGAGGAGAAGCUGCGCAAGAUGAGCGCCGAGUGCGCCGGCCUGAUGGCGAAGCUGUCGGACAAGUCGCAAACGGUGACGGCCCUCGAGCAGAAGCUGCUGGUGGAGCGCGAGGAAAAGCUGACGGCCCAGAAGGAGCUGCAGAUCAACACGGACCGUGUGCUGGGCAUGCUGGAGUCGAUGCAGGCCAUCCCGCACAGCGCGGACCCGGGCGAUUGCGACAGUCUGCUGAUGCUGGAAUCGCAGCUCCAGCUGUCCGGCAGCGUGCUGGAGAAGAAACAGGAAGAGAUCGCCCGGCUGCAGUCGAUUUGCCGGGCCCUGCAGAUGGACAUGGGCCGCUCGCUCAAGAACCAGGAGGAACUGUUGCGCCAAAAGACGGAACUCGAGGAGGAAUCGUGCGAGAUGCAGGACUUUUUGCAGAUGGAGAAGCAAUCCUGUAUGGACGCGCUGAAGGAGGCGGAACAGGAGAUCGUCCAGCUGCGGACAGGCUUGCAGCAGAAGGAGAGUAGCGUCGAGCGGCAGCAGGAAGAGUGUCGCCAUCUAGUCCGCAUAGCCGAGCAGCGAAGGCAAGAGUAUCUGGGCAUGCAGGCCAAGUACAAUGCGCUCGAGAGCCGCUCGAAGGACAUUCUGCUUCAGCAAGGAGCGGCCGUUUCUGGCGCGUCCGUGGCCCUGUCCGGGCUCGGCUCGCGGCUUGACAAUCUCGUCGAGCAGCUGAUUGCCUCGUAUAACAUCUCCGAGCAGGAUCUCGAGGACGUGAUCUACCACAACGAAGCGUACACCAACAGUGCCAGCAGCGGGGAUGGUAGUCCGGAGUACGAACAAACGGCUGAAAAGUAUGCGGACAAGAACCACCCACCACACCAGCAACAUGACCAACCGCAACAUGCGCUUCAACAAUCCCAGACCGGUGCGAAGGGCGAUCCGAAGCAAUGUGUAGACGGCAGUGACGUGCCGCUAUCACCGCAGCGUGGCCAAUCGUUCAUUGCGGCCGUCAUAAGCGCGAUCAAGAAUGCGACGAGCAAGACGGCACACGUUAAGCCGAACCCAGCUCCCAACGGUGGCCCCGCAACCCGGGAGUGUAAAGAAAAUAAUGGCCAUGAAUCCGACUGCACUGAGAUGCUUGACUCGGAAACGGAACCGUGCCUGAUGAUGGACAACGUGCUGGAGGACGUCGCCAUGCCGGAUUCACAUUCCCACAACAUGGUGUCAUCGUCGACGCGCAUCUCGCAGAUCGAAAUGCCAUCGUCGUUGGAAAGUGGCGUCGGGGCGACCACCGCUCUGAUGGCGCACGAUGAAUCGUUCGACAAUCUGUCGCAAGCGAUCGCCAAUCGUCAGCAGAUCGAGCUGCAGUCGAACAUGAUUGCCAGUGGACGCCCGGCCCGGUUCCACCACUCGGCGAGCAGUGAUCAACCUCCGCGAAGCAGCGCGGCGACGGGUUCGUCAGGGGCUGCUGCUGCUGCUGCGGUCGUUGCUGUAACAACGGCCCCGGAUCACACCACGGCCAGCCAUUCUUCCUCGCUGGACGAUGAGGAAAACAGUUGCUGUGCGGAGGCCUCGAUGGCGGAAAUGCCUUCGAUCUGCGAGUACUGUAACGCCCAGUCGCUGGUCGAUCAGGUGAUUGAUGUCGAUAAUCUGAUCACCAAGCUGCUGAAGGUCCUGCGAAUUGUGCAGAUGGACAACGAUCACUGCAUCCAGGAGCUGAUCAAUCACAAGAACAAACUAGCGAUCACGAACGAAGAGAUUCAGGAUCGCGUGAAAGAGUACGAGGAACUUAACUAUAAGCUGCAGGAUGAUUUGAAGGACGCGUAUCACCAGCUGCAAGUGCGUGGAAAUGAAGUGAACAGCGGAAAAGUGGAACUGAUGAAACACCGACAGGAAAUUGACAAACUAAACGAAGACAUUUGUCAGCUAAGCACACUGUGCAGCGACAGUAAGCAGCAGCGGUCGAAGAUUGUGAUUGAUCGCGACGAGAUCAUAAAGGCAUUUAAGCUGUGCCAAGAAGAAGGAGCCGUUCCCGAAGUGGAACUACCACAGGUCAUCCUGCAAGCAUGCAAUGAGAUUCCAAACUUGAAGGCAAAAUUAUACGAAAAAGAGCAACAGUUGGCCGCAAUGACCGGUAAUGCGGCGACUGGAGCAAACUUUGUGAUGACCGCCAGCUGGCACCAAGCAUUGAGCGAAGCCAAGCGUCAAUACGAAGCCAUCGACCGAGCGCUGGAGACUCUGGACAGUGUAAAGUCGAUAGUGCAGCAAACUCCGGCCUUGAUGGAACUACAGCGUGAUCUUGAAGAGACUAACUUUGCGUCCGCAUCCAGCUUCCCGCUGGUCACAGCUGCCCAGCUUAGCCAGCUGCAAGCCGGUAGCAAUGGGAAUGUGGCCAGUUUGAAUGGAAACGGUGGCAUUGUCGAUCUGAACGCCAACGAAACGACAAUCGGCGAGGACGGGAUGCCAGCACCGGCUAGUGGACCGUCGGCAGUAGCGGGACUGCAGCUCAAUCAGGGGGCCGACCCGAGCUGCUACAUCGAUUCGACUGCUUAGGCGCCGAGCGGUUGCUCGAGCGAUAGGACAAACUAUUUAUUAUUUCCACGCAUCAUCCGUUUUGUUUCUCCGUUUUUAAAGUUUCGUUCAAUUCCUUCCUGUUUCAUCAUGUGUUGUAUGUUGUUAAGCAUUUACCAUGCGCUAAGGAAGUACUUGAAAGGAAAAUUAGCAAUCAUUCUCAAUAGCGUUUUGUUACUGCAUUUCGACUUUCUUUUCUUUCAAUAGUGUUGCGUCUUCCUCUAGGAAGCAUAACAAAAAACGUUCGGCAGAAGAUUUAAAAGCAAAUGUUACGGAGCAUUCAACUAGGGGGGCCCUCCCGAAAGGCUCGCCACCAUGUCAUUGAUAGAUCCUAGCCGUAGGUUUUGAUUGUGAUUUGCUGUUCAUGAUAUUAUAUAGAAACGUAUAGAGAAAACCAGAAACUAGCCCAUGUGUAGCCCAUACCGGAUUGACCUGUUAGGGGGACAAACAGUGUUAUUGCAGACAAAUAAUAGUAUUGAUAAUUUAUUCCCGCAAGCAUUUUGAAAGAGAUACGCCAAAUCGGUAGGCUGAUCCCACUUCAACUAACGAACCUCUUUGUUUCCUUUGAAAAGAAAAUAAAUAGCAUGAAAGCCUUGCGUCAAUCAAGCACCACUCGCCUACUACGGGAGAAGACUACUUUCCAUCGCUCCAUGCCGUACGUUUUAGCAAUAUAGUAACUCGCAGUAGGCAUCGCAUUAAUAAGACUUGUUUCCAUAAGUUAGAUAGUGAAGAAUAACUAAAUCAUUAGCGAUCAUGGGCAGCAAUUAAAGCGGUGAACUGAAAAGAAACAAAAACCGUCUGGAGAUAAGUCUGGCAAUACCGUUUAUACUUGUUUGCGUCACUACAUUCACUGUUCAAACGUCCGUUUAUGUAUUAUUUUCUGUUUAUCGAAGCCACGUGCUAUACUCAGUUUCGUACACACGUCACGUUCCUUCCUCUGGCACUUUUAUAGUCUUUUCUCGGUCUAGGAGAAAAUGUAUCUAUAUAUGUUACGCUGCUAAGAGUGUGUUUUGUAAAUUCUCCCCAGGUGGUAGUAGUCCAAUUUGUCAUCAAAUGAAACAAAAAACCAGCUUCCCGGAACAUUGCACUAUGUAUAUAAUGAUCAUUGGAGCGAUGAUGGUCGUUCACUUUUCUUACUAUUCGAUUGAGUUAUGCUCUUCGUACACUUGUAUUGUAUCUCAACCUGUUAUUCGUUUGUUUCUUUUCGUUUUGUUUCAUUUCUGUGUCAUUCUUCACCGUUCCGGGAAGGUCACGCAUUUGUUUUCGGAUUUGGAAAACGAUUCACGUCACAUCCGUUUAGGUUCGCCAACACUCAUUUAAUCCUCAGUUAACUGCUCAAGCUUUCACACAGUUUGCACGUUUCAUCAAACUCUACAGAAAACUUGGAGCAUCCAACAGCAAAAGCAAUUCUUGCGAGUACCGUUUAUUGUGCAGCGUUUGAAUGGUUGAAUGUAGUGCGCAAAAUGAAGAGAUUAGAACUGAGUUUGGCGCAAACAUUCUCUUCCAAAGCAGACGCAACUGGGUAGCGAUGUGGGCUCAUUCAGCUGAUGUUCAAUUAUUUUCGACAACCGGAAUCGGCACGGGUAUCGUAACCGUGCUCCGGAAACUCCAGCCGCAGCAGUUAUACUCUCGCUACCACGUUCGUUUGCUAGCUAAACCUAGUUCCACGUAUGCCCUUUGUCACCGCCAUCGGAGACGCUAACAAAUGAUUCGAAUUUAAACGUAAAAAAUUAAAAACACACACGCGAAGGUAAGCGUAAACGCCAAUUUAUUGACAUACAAACGCCUUGUGGGACUGAUCGGUUCCGUGCAUGUCCUUUUUACUGAUACUCAUAAUAUCCGUGUUAGAAGCUAAGGAAAGCGAGAAGGCAACACGUAAAUUGCUUACAAACACCAUGCCAUGAAGCGGACGGGGUGCCGCGUGGCACGAAGAGGCGAAUCCCCAAUUCCUGUCGGUGGCAUUUCGCUUGUCAGCUUUCGAUGAGAGAGACCCGUGAUGGUGGCCUUCGAGAAACGGAACGUUGAGCGUGUAGGGUGUAAAAAGGAAACUCAGAAUACAAUACACAGAAACAAUUGACCGGCGAUACGCAAAUGGCCAUUCAAUUUUAAAAUUGUUGAAACUUAUUACAAACUAUGACUACACUCUAUGAAGCCAAUUUAAGAAUAAA